AGGUUAAUAAGAAUUAAUAGUAUAAAUAUAGAAUUAAUAAUUUAUAUUGAUUGGAUUAGUUUAUUAUUUAUUGCUAUUGUAUUACUUAUUUCUUUUAUAGUCUUAAUUUAUAGAAUAGCUUAUAUAUCAAUAGAUGAGAAUAUUGAACGAUAUUUUAUUUUAGUUUUACUAUUUGUAAUAUCAAUAAUUUUGAUAAUUAUAAGUCCUAAUUUAAUUAGAAUUUUAUAUGGAUGGGAUGGAUUGGGAUUAGUUUCUUAUUGCUUAGUAAUUUAUUAUCAGAAUUAUAGAUCUUUUAAUUCAGGAAUAGUAACAGUUUUAAUAAAUCGAAUUGGGGAUAUUAUAAUUUUAAUAGGGAUUGGAUUAAUAGUAUUGUAUGGGAGAUGAAAUAAUGUUAUAAUAGAGAAUUAUAGAAUAUUAAUUAUGAUAAUUUUUAUUGCUGGAUUAACAAAAAGAGCACAAAUUCCAUUUUCAACUUGAUUACCAAUAGCAAUAGCAGCUCCUACACCUGUAUCCGCUUUAGUUCAUUCCUCAACAUUAGUUACAGCAGGAAUUUAUUUAUUAAUUCGUUUUAGAAAAUUUUUAAUAAUAAGAAGAAAAAUUAUAAGAAUAUUAAUAUUGAUUUCAAUUUUAACAAUGUUCAUAUCAGGAUUGAUAGCUAGUUUUGAAUAUGAUAUAAAAAAAAUUAUUGCCCUAUCAACUUUAAGUCAAUUAGGAUUAAUAAUAAUAAUUUUAAGAAUAGGAUUUAGUUUAUUGUCAUUUUUUCAUUUAAUAACUCAUGCUAUUUUUAAGUCUUUAUUAUUUAUAAGAGCAGGGGUAAUUAUUCAUUUAAUAAAUAAUAAUCAAGAUAUUCGAUUAUUAGGAGGUUUAAAUGAAUUUAUUCCUUUUACUAUAAUAAGAUUUCAUUUAACUUUAUUUUCUUUAUGUGGAUUACCAUUUAUAUCCGGAUUUUAUUCUAAAGAUUUAAUUAUAGAAGUUUUAUAUUUUGAGAAUUUUAAUUGAAUAAUAAUAUUUUUAGCACUAACUUCUUUAUCUUUUACUGUUAUUUAUUCUAUUCGAUUAAGUUAUUAUAUUUUUU